ACUAGUUAUCAUUGUUUUGUUAUUAAAUAAUUCAGUUUAAUACUUAAUGUAAAUUGUAUUUAAGUGCUUCCAUUCAAAUUCACUCAAUCUACAUUUAUAUAACAUAAGUAUCAUUUCCCACAAGCAGAACAAUGUUGACCUACAUGGACAUAAAUUUAAAGUACACACUUCCAAUAAUCGGUGCAUUAGCGUUGAUCACCCGGCCAUUUAUGUGCCGCAUGGAAUCAACCAAAAUCGCGUUCAUAAGCUCCGUAGCCCUACUCUAUACAUCGCUUUGUUACAAUUACUGUAUCCUCAACGGAGCUCGGACGUAUUCUCCCGAAAAAAUUUCUACCACUACAGGAAAUGUCCCCGUCGACGAGUACAUUUCCGUUGUCCUGCAAGUCGUUCUUGUUUCGUUGUGGACCUACCUCUGCGUCCGGUGGAAGCCCCCAUGUAUGAACUUCAACCACGACAAAGAAAGUUACCAAAUGAUCCGAUGGAUUCCGAUCCUAUUACUCAGCAUCACUACGGCCAUAGGAUAUGGAAUGGCAAUCCCGGGACGAGAUACGUUUUACCUGGGAAGUAUAAUGUUUUGGGCUUCUCCYGUGAUAAUGCUCAUGUGGUACGGUGCCGGCAACUAUUUCGUGAACCAUUUAAUACCGUCGUCUUUUGCGAUCGUCGUGCCGACUAUAUACCUUCUAUGGAUCAAUCGAUUGGCCCUGAAGGAGGACGUGUGGCAUUUGAAUUAUUCGACCAGCUUAAACGUAUCCGUGGCCAAUGGUUUGCCAUUAGAAGAAGCACUGUUUACGUUUAUAACGACCGCGAUGGUCGUCUUGGCCGGAGCUUGUUACGAUAAGGCUUACGGGAUGAUCAUAACGUUUUCUUUGAUAUACCCAYAUCAAUUUAGCUUUAGUUUGAGUUUCAUUGGUCAGAUGUUCAGUGCAUUCGUGACUCCGGAGUAUACAAUGCCUUCUAUUGUAACAGAAGACUUGAAAUAUUGUAUCAAAUUAUUAGAUUCGUCGAAUUUAUUCGGCACUUCCAAUUAUUUGUUCCAUACUGCAAUCCGAUUAGAUUUCUUAAUUAUAUACGGAUUUACUCGUAUUACGGAUAACAUGAUUGAUGAUGAAUCAGACUUAGAAAUUAAAAAAGUAAAAUUAAAACUCUGUCACAAAUUUAUCGAUGAAGUUUUCGCUGACAGAAAAUCAGAUUUUGAAGUUCAUUCCAAACCACAUGAAAUGAUCAUCAAUUGGAAACAAUACGAGUACGAGUUGACAGAAGAAGAAUUGGCAAUUUUCCGAGCCUUCUCGAGAAUAGCAUUUCUUUUGCCUCGUAAGCCAUUUGAAGAGUUACUUGAAGGAUUUGAAUUAGAUCUCAACUUAACAUUGUAUAAAACCGAAAAUGAUUUACUGGUAUAUUUCAAACUUGUGGCCGGAAGUUUCGGUGCAAUGUGUGUGUAUAUAAUCAUGUACAGAUACAAUAUUGACAAGUACGAUUUUAUUGAAAAAGACGAUUAUCUAGUUAAAAAAUCUUAUCAGAUAGGAAACGGAUUACAAUUUGUGAACAUUGCCCGGGAUCUCGUCCGCGACAGUGAAUCAUGCGGUCGAUGUUACUUCCCUAUUGAAUGUAUGGAUAACGAAAAAGAAGAUAUUAAAAUCUUUUGUGAGGAAAAAAAUCCAAGGUCCAUGGGAGAUAAAAAGUUACAAAGAUACGCUCAGAUGAUGAUAUCGUUGGCCGACAAACAUCAAUUGGAAUCGGUGGACGCUAUUAAUCGUUUGCCACGAGAAUUACGAGGUACAAUUCUUGCAUCUACCGAGAUUUACCGUGGGCUUAUUAAUGUGAUUCAAUCUAGUCCAACUUUUCCUAACAAAGCAAAAUUAACAACGUAUAAUAAGUUAUUAAUAUUAUUUAAGACAUUAUACAUUACGAGUAUGCAUUACGUCCUAUAAGUCUCGAUUUAAUAGUAUACAUAGUUGGACUUAGUUGACAUAAUUAAUGUUAAAUCAUGCAAAUAGAAAGAUAUAGGUACUUAGUUUUUUAAUUUAUUUAUUCAUACGGACAAAUGUUAUUUAUAUUCACUAAAGUGUAGUUACUACACAAAUUGUUAAUUAUAUAUUUUCAUCUUGGUGCAUUUGCCUAUAUUUACAA